UUCAUGUGCCGGCAGAGUUUCCGCCUGAAGAUGACAUCAGGACCUUGUUGUCGCGACGCAUCUACAAUCUGGUCCGCCGCGCAAACGCCGAUGCCGCGAACACAGAGGUGCCAGACGAGUACGCUUCAGAGGUGGGGUCGCUGCUACGCAAAACGGUAGCAGAACUUUCCCGCUUUGAGGUGCGCUGCAUAGACAAAAGACAACCGGCACUGAUCAAAACCAUGUUGCGGUUUUGGGAUCCCGCAAAACUUGAGUUGACGAGUGUUGUCCACAGAAGUACUAGAACUAGCUCAACAUAGUCGUAAAAAUUCUUCGCGGCUGUAGUUCGUGGUGGUGUAAAGCAUUGCGCUUUCCAUCAAUCGCCAUCACCAGGGCCAGAACUAGGAACUACAUUUGCUCUCAAUAUUUCGAACAUAAAGUUGGCUUCGCUCAGGCAUGAUGUUGAAGAUUUGGAAAAAAGAAAGGCACUGAUUAUGCUUUUGUCUAGUCGUGGUCCCAUUUUUACGUGUAUGAUUUUUCGUUCUCGUUCAGGGCCAAUUCACUGAUGUUGGAAACGUUCUACAUUGAUAGAUUCGCGUUUGUAUUUUGACAUAAGUGAUUGGUCUACUUGGUGAUCCUGUGAUGUCUAUGUUCUCACAGGUUUUCUUUGUACAGGAGGGUCACUCGGCACUCUAAGGAUGUAUUGACAGCAUAUAAUUUUAGACAGUAACUCGCACACUAUAAGAUGCGAACAUCAAAUGGAAAUGAUCUAAAAUGAUGCCGAUAGACAGUGGCCAGUUUCUCUUUGAAAGAAAAGCAUGACACUACUUACUUACUAUACUGCGCGAACGCCCGCACGCUCCCAACUGUUUAUCGCUUUGGAGCCGAGCGUAGCAGCAUGUUGGCAGAGCGUGUGGGAUCCUAUGGGCAGAUAAACUUCUGCGCCAAAAAAUUCAAAGGUUUUUUUUUCACGUGCAUCUUAAGAUGCGUAUUUGUAUUUCCGAUUUUAAGAGACGAGUGAACGUCAUAGCCUGCAGAUGAAUAUCUCCACUUCGAACUCCUUCAGUUUUACACUCAAGUCGUUCUUUCUUUCUCUGUGUUGUACCACGGUCAUGUCACCAGAACACGUGUACUAUUUUGUUGAUACAAAAUUAUACUGAGACACUUGCUGAUCCUGAGCAUUUGACGAAAACAACACAGACCAGUUGUGUCAGUUGUUCUCAAUAACGCGCAUAAGAGUCUGCCCCUCGAUCGCUUUAAGAAACGAGCGCGCGAUUCUGACUUUUUGAAUUAUUUUCAAACAACAGCAUUACAAAGGUAAUGAAUCAAAAAACUUUUAGAUUUUCACACCAGCACCAAAAAACCCAGGACCGACCUCAUGCCUACCUCAACACAAGGCGGGCGCGAGGGCAACAGAAGGACUACAAUAAAUGCACUUCCGGGAAGCAGUGCAAUAUUGUAAUGCCUACAACUACAAACCACUUGAAAGACUAGGAUGAAAUUGAAAUGGCCGCAGGGUGUUUGCCACAGGCACAACACAUGGCGCAACCGCCACGCGGUACACAAACUGGAAAUGCAAUUUUCGUGCGGUC